UAGCAUCAUCAUCAUCAGCAUCACAUACAUGCAUCAUCAGUCAUCAACUACUAUCUGGGUGGACAAGAGUGACACGCAUCAUCUCUCUCACAUUCUCACAAUGCUAACCCUCAAUCUCAAUGCUAUUUCUUCUUCGUUCUCGGUUGUUCCAUUUCAUGCCAAUUAUCCACUGUCUACUCAAACUCAAUUAUUAGUUCCUUCCAAUCUCAAUUACUCCUUUGCUACAACAGCAACCAGAAAGUUCAAGUCUUUUCAGCUCAAGGCUGGAUUCUGGGAAUCAAUUAAAUCUGGGUUGAAGAAGAAUAAUACAACACAAGUCAUUGAUCCACCCUCCACGGAUGAAGAAGAUGAAGAGCCUCUGCCUCAAGAGUUUGUCCUUGUGGAAAAGACAGAACCUGAUGGGACAAUUGAGCAAAUAAUAUUUUCUUCAGGUGGAGAUAUUGAUGUUUACGACCUUCAAGCCCUCUGUGACAAGGUAGGGUGGCCUCGGAGACCAUUGUCAAAAUUAGCUGCCGCAUUGAAAAAUAGCUAUAUAGUGGCCUCACUGCAUUCUAUAAGAAAGUCACCUGGGUCAGAGGGGAAUGAACAGAAGAGAUUAAUUGGCAUGGCCCGCGCUACAUCUGACCAUGCCUUCAACGCCACCAUUUGGGAUGUCCUAGUUGAUCCUGGCUACCAGGGCCAAGGCCUUGGUAAAGCUCUUGUAGAAAAACUGAUACGAGCUCUUCUGCAAAGGGACAUCGGCAAUAUAACUCUGUUUGCAGAUAGUCAAGUUGUGGAAUUUUAUCGCAAUUUAGGCUUUGAAGCUGACCCAGAGGGCAUAAAAGGCAUGUUUUGGUACCCGAAUCACUAAUUGGAACCCCAGAAAGCUUGCUUUUGGUUAUGUUAACAUUGCAAUUUGCAACCAUGAAGUAUACUAGAGAGAAGCAGUGGCAAAUUUACCUAUUACUUGUAAUACGUCAUUCCUGUAAUUAUUAUGUUCAUUAGGUGUUAGUAAGUUAUUCUUUUUUCCAAAGUUUUGCUACUUUUCAAACACGGCUUUGAUUAGUAUGUCUGCUUUAUAUUUGAUAAACCUGAAAAUGGUCAGUUAUAAACUUACUGAUUGUGAUUUAUUAUAUAUAUACACUAGCAGAGAAAAAAAGGUACUCUGUAAAUAAA